AUGGCAUCAGAAAGAAAAUUAGAGAGGAAAUUACGUCGAAAGGAAGAAAAAAAAGGUCUAGUUGAUACCGAUGACGUUUCUAGCAUAGUUGUGGAGGGUGUACCCGGCGAGACGGAAGAUCUGAACGUUCGAGUAGAUGUUGCUGCUUCUGAAGAAAGUGUUGAUUCACAAGAACGAAGAGAUCCAGGAAAAACUCAACAAGUAAUGCCAAUUGGAGAAUUGCCAUCUCGUAGAAAGUCGAAAUCCGGAAAAAGUCCACGCAAGAAAAAGAAGAGAAUUGAGGAGCAAGACUCGGAACCUGUUGAGUUUCGAGUAAAUGGUAUUAUAGUGGAUCGUGAUGUUAAAGGAGGAGCGAAAGAGAAUUGGAUGGGCGUUUACAUGGUUCUUUUCCGAACAAGUACACCUUUGGGUCAACGAGUGGCCUUCAUUUUGAUUGGUCUUGUGACAAUCAGUGUUUCGGUUGCCGUGCUAGAUAGCGUCACAGAGAUUCGCGAUCGAAUUGGCGGCUACCUGUUAGUCAUUGAAUUCGGAUUCACCUUUCUUUUCACGAUUGAGUACGGACUUCGAAUAGCCUGUCUACGGAAACCGGGUAAAUUCAUCUUCAGUCUGCUAGGAUUUGUGGACAUAUGCGCUCUGGUCCCCUCGUAUUUUGCCUACAUCUUCCCUGAAGCUCGUCCGCUUCUUCACUUGGCAGUGUUACGCAUCUUCCGUGUCAUGAGAGUAUUUCGACUCAUGCGAUUGGCUCGCUUCGUGGAUGCCAGCGCUGCACUGACUGAAAAUAUCGAUACGAAUCGUCGAAAUAUUGCUGUCUUUCUUGUCGCUUUAUUUACUGUCAUCCUUGUCAUUGGAUGCGCGAUGUAUCUCAUUGAAGGAGACCGACAAUUUGGGAAUAUACCUGUGAGUCUGUACUGGACAGUUGUGACUAUCACGACUGUGGGGUACGGUGAUAUAUCCCCGCAAACCAUCGUAGGACGCAUUCUUGCUACACUUGUUAUGUUCGUUGGCUAUGGUAUCAUUGCUAGCCCCACACUUCUUAGCGCACCACCAUCGGCACCAUCUACUUCGGAAGUAUUUGAUUGUCCCAAAUGCACAAAAGUUCUUGAGUGUGUGCGGUGUUUCCAAAAAUAUCAUCAAGAGAGUGCUAACUUUUGUUGCAUGUGCUCGGAGCCGCUGCGAAAGCCUGAACUUAAAGCUCUCAAAGUAAAUGGAGAAGAACGGAAGCGCACACCAAAAUCACGUGCACCAAAUGUCGAAGAGAAUGGAUAUAGUUGA